AUGAUGGCUGGUGAGAAUGUAGCCAGGCCCAAAGUGAACAAUGUGAUAGCUGGUGAGAAUGUAGCCAGGCCCAAAGUGAACAGUAUGAUGACUGGUGAGAAUGUAGCCAGGCCCAAAGUGAACAGUAUGAUGGCUGGUGAGAAUGUAGCCAGGCCCAGUGUGAGGUCGCACGCGUCUUUGGAUUAG